UUGAUUCUGCUGCUGCUGGGGCCAGCGGAGCUCACAAAGCCAUUGGUAGGAAUUUACACUUUCGGCUACGAUCAUUUGUCUACGGAACGGCGCCGCGUCGAGUUCGUUAGAAACUACAAAGCGGAACAAGCGAAUCGUAAUAAUCGUCCCGUCAAGACUCCGCCAGCUCCGAAGAGAAACCUCUUACCGAACUGAAGGGCCGCGUCAGAGCCAGUGCCAGUGUUGAGUGCGCGUUCGCCAUCGCCUUCGCCAUCUCCAUUCAUCCAUCUCCCCCCAGAUACCCAAGUACUCCGACUCCAGCUGCAAUUAGGCUCGUAUUGUGUGUUAACCUGUGAAGAAAGUUCGGAGUGCUCGGACUGUUACGAAACGCAGUUUCCGCCGGCGAAACCCAAGCCCAGACCCAGGCCCCAGCCCAAAACACCUCUUUGCCAGCGAAGUGAGUGCCACCUGAGCGAAGGCGAAAUGGGUCACCUCUCCACGUCAGAGCGAGUGUGCAGCAAGACACCGAUCCCCAGCAGCGGCGAGGGAAGUCCUCCGCUGCUUGCCCGUCGCUCAAAGCUGAGCGGCGAUUCCAACCAAGGCCGCCGGGGUGAGGAUUCCUCCCCGGAGCUGCCUCCGCGUGGUAAACUACCGCUUCCCAAGAGCCUCUCGUCGAUGAAGUCGGCAGCUUCGGUGGUUCCCGAGGACCUCGUCGAUCAUGUGCCCAAGGACCAGAUCGACCUGGAGGUAUACACACGAAACUUCCAGGGCGACAAGGUUCUUGGCUAUCAGUUCCAGGCCCCUCUCAAAUGGGACAAAGUCAUCCAGAUCUCGUUGCUCCACAUCGUGGCCGUCGUCUGCUUGCUAACCUAUCCCCUGCGCGACCUGAACCCGUAUACGACGCUCUGGUCAUUCUUCGUUGGCGGCGUGGCCGGAUUCGGAGUGACCGCCGGAGCCCAUCGCUUCUGGACCCAUCGCAGCUACACGGCGAACACUGUGCUGCGCUCCAUUCUGAUGAUUUGCUACUGCGUGGCUGGACAGAACACUCUGUACGACUGGGUGAGGGACCACCGCGUGCACCACAAAUACUCGGAGACGGACGCGGAUCCGCACAACGCAAACCGCGGAUUCUUCUUCUCGCACGUGGGCUGGCUGAUGAUGCUGAAGCACCCGGACGUGCUGCGUCGGGGCCGCCAGAUCGACAUGAGUGACGUGCUCGCCGAUCCCGUGGUGCGCUUCCACCAGAAGUACUUCAUCCCCCUUAAGAUCUUUCUCUGCUUCAUCCUACCCAGCGCCGUGCCCGUCUACUGCUGGGGUGAGUCCUGGCAUCUGGCCUUGAUCCAGCAGUGCCUCUUCCGCUACGUGAGCAGCCUGAACUUCACCUGGUCCGUGAACAGUGCCGCCCAUCUCUGGGGAUCCCGUCCAUAUGAUAAGCGGAUCAUGCCCAGCGAGAACAUCUACGUGUCGCUGGUGGCCAUGGGCGAGGGUUGGCACAACUAUCACCACGUCUUCCCCUGGGACUAUAAAGCAGCGGAGCUGGGCAAUUACGGAGUAAACUUCACCACAAUGGUUCUCGAUGCCUUCCACAAGUUGGGCUGGGCCUGGAACAUGAAGCAGCCAUCUAAGGAGCUCGUCCGCCGCACCCUCGAGAAGUACGGCGACGGCAGCCAUGCCUCCCAGAUGGGAGCCGGGCCAGAAGGCGCAGUGGCCGGGUCCUCCCAAAUGGUGGGACACUUUCACUACGCUGAGGUUCCCGAUCCCGAGCUAGAGUACGAUGCCGAGUCGAGCAGCACGGAGAGCGCCAAGCUCGAUGAGAACGAGAACGAGAGCGAGCGGCAGAAGAAGGGAAAGAAGGUAGCCGCCACCUAGGGGACUCCCCAUGCCGGUCCACUGAAGUGGGGCUCUCUCAAAAUCGGAGACGGAGUCAGAGUCAGAGACGGAGUCAGAGUGGAAUGUGGAGAGUGUUGAUCGAACACUUAAAUCUUAUUCAUCCGUAUCUGUUACUAUGUAUCUGCAUCUGUACUUACGCAUAUGGCACACAAA